CUGAGUCUCUAGCGGGCGACUAACCUCCACCGGAGUAAACAGAUUGAGGCCUUAACAAACAAAACCUCCACUACCGGAGUAAAUCCGGUACAGAAUAGUGAGUUGGCUCCUCGACUAAAGUCACCAACUCCCUACCUUCAAUCAAGGAUGCUCUAUCAACCUAGGCAGAUAUUCUCAUUCUAGAUUAAAGCAGAAACAACAGGAAUUUGAUCAGGAUUCAUGCCAUUCAAUCAAUCAAACCUCAAUUGAAUAUAAUCAAAUCAUAGAAUCAGUACUUGGGUUCAUAUAAUCAAACCUAACAUACAAAUCUAGGGUUCUCCAUACCCAGAUGAAUGGGAGAACUACUCCAUGGAGAAAGAAGCAAAAGCAGAAUCAGACGCGGAAUUCAUACUGUGAAAGAUGGAUUCCUGCUCCUGGACGUUUAUUCGCACUCCUCCAAGCUCAAGCCAAGCUCCAAUGGUGAUGAAGAUCAAGCUAGGGCACUUGGAGACUCUUGUUCGUCGCUUUCUCUCUCUAGGAAUCGCUCUGUCUCUCUAAAACUCGAAUCCCCUUCUGUUUUGGCUGAAAUCUGCUUAAAAGGGCAUCAGUGGCCAAAGCAUGGUCGAGGGCACGGCCGUGCUUUGCCUCAGCCCGCCCGUGCUUUGGCUAGGGUUAAUUACACUGCCAUUGUGUUGGGAGAAACACGGCCGUGCUUUUGGGAGGACACGGCCGUGCUUUGGUGGACACGGCCGUGCUUUCAGCCCGUGUUUGCAGCUUGAAUUUUCCAAACUCAAUUAGCUCUCGGCAGUAAAAGCACGGCCACAGAACACGGCCGUGUUCUGUUUUAGGUGUGCCCAUGUUUUGUCUCCAGCUUGACGAAAUGACUUCCAAAUGCCCCGAAACUCGUGCUUAGCCUUUCUUUUGACGCCUGGGACCUGAAAUAUGACAAAAUAGCACAACCCGGCGUAAAAUAGGCCAAAAAUACACGACUAUGACCCUCAAACGGAUAAGAACUAGGGGCGCAAAUAUGUGCAAUUACAUCGUUAUCACUCGUCUACCGCCAAAGGGAUUUGUAAAGUUGACUCUGGCAGAGAUGGAACAGAAGCGCAUGGAAGGGCGAUGCUUUAACUGCGAUGAGAGAUACACUGUGGGACACCCGUGCGCCAAGGGGCAUCUCAUGUUGCUCGUGGGUAACUAGGAGGAUGAAGGAGAGGAGGCCGUGAAUGUAGAUGCUAAGGAACCAAGGAAGGAGGCGGACCAACCUUGACGGCAAGGUUGGUCUCAAGUAGGGGUGGCUAUACGGUCCGGUCCGGUUAAAUUGGACCAAAUUGAUCCGGUCCCAGUCCGGACUUUUCGGGAAUAUAAGGACCAAAGAUUGGAUUGGAUACAGUCCAGUCUUGAUCCGGUCCGGUCUUGACCCGGUCCGGUCCCAAUUAUUCCCUAAACACUAAAUCUCUCUCUCCCUCUCUUCCUUCCCCUGUAGCUGUCAGCUCUCCUCUUCCUUGUGGAGACCGAUUUCCUUCUUCUUCCUCAAGCUUCUCCUUCCAAUCCCCAAUUCCUACAUCAAUUCUCAAUUCUAUGAGUCCGUUCAUCGAUACACGAACCCUAGACAUUCACGCCUAGAUCCGUGUUUCUUACAAUUUCCUUCACUCCAUCAGUACUGAUGCAUAUGUUAUCGACUAAUUUAGAUUUUCACUUGUCUUUAUCAUCAUAUUUUGGCACAACCCACUCUUGCACCAUGCUUUGUUGGAUGAUCCAUACAAAGAGGCAUCCUAAUCCGACUCGCAACCUUACCAAGAUCCUCCUUUAAUAAUAACUCCGCUCAUAAUCUUGUUAGUUUGACCCAAUCAAGAAUGGCUGAGUUAUCAAUAUCGUGAGCUUGAAUAUUUGGAACCCAACACCUUAAACACAACAUGUUAUUGCGAUACCGCCAUGAUCCUCGUUCAAACACCCAUUGACAGCUAGCCUCAGAGGGAAAUUGAAAUAAUACCACGAACCAAGAAAUCUUCUCCUCUCCUCGCCCCUAUAGCCAAUUAUCCCAUCGACAGCUCGUCCCUCCUUAAUGAAUGAUUUGGGAAUAC